GCUCUCACUUCGGUGGCAGGCCGGGAAGACCUGGACGGUGGCGUGCAAGGAGUGUACACUUGUGACGGUGCCACCCUGAGAGUGACCUGCUCCCCGCAUCAUGCUUCGUCUUCUUACCCCACGAUUCUCCAGCCUCUGGGCCAUGACUUCUUCCUACUCCUCUUCAGCUAACCUCCCAAACCCAGUUCUGAAACCCGACAUUCACUAUGACAAGCUCUUCAUCAACAAUGAAUGGAGAGAUGCGGUCAGCAAGAAAACAUUUCCGACAGUCAAUCCCUCCACGGGAGAGGUCAUCACCCACGUAGCAGAAGGAGAUAAGGUGGAUGUGGACCUGGCAGUGAAAGCGGCCAGGGAAGCCUUCCAACUGGGGUCGCCAUGGCGUCGGAUGGAUGCCUCCGAACGGGGCCGCUUGCUCUACCGCCUGGCUGACCUGGUGGAGAGAGAUCGCGUCUACCUGGCCUCGCUGGAGACUCUGGAUAAUGGCAAACCCUUCCAAGAAUCCUACGUCCUGGACCUAGAUGAAGUGAUUAAAGUGUACCGCUAUUUUGCAGGCUGGGCAGACAAGUGGCAUGGGAAGACUAUCCCCAUGGAUGGGGAGCAUUUCUGCUAUACCAGGCAUGAGCCUGUCGGGGUCUGUGGCCAAAUCAUUCCCUGGAACUUCCCCUUGGUCAUGCAGGGUUGGAAACUGGCCCCAGCCCUGGCCACUGGCAACACCGUGGUCAUGAAGGUCGCAGAGCAGACCCCACUCUCUGCCUUGUACUUUGCCUCCUUGGUCAAAGAGGCCGGCUUCCCCCCCGGGGUAGUGAACAUCAUCACGGGCUACGGGCCAACCGCAGGGGCAGCCGUGGCCCACCACAUGGACGUUGACAAAGUGGCCUUCACGGGUUCCACUGAAGUGGGGCAUCUGAUCCAGAAGGCAGCCAGCGAAAGCAACCUCAAGCGAGUCACCCUAGAGCUGGGAGGCAAAAGCCCCGCCAUCGUCUUGGCCGAUGCAGACAUGGAGCACGCAGUGGAGCAGUGCCACGAAGCCUUAUUCUUCAACAUGGGCCAGUGCUGCUGCGCGGGGUCUCGGACCUAUGUGGAGGAGUCCAUUUACCAGGAGUUCCUUGAGCGAACCGUGGAGAAGGCCAAACAGAGGAAAGUUGGGAACCCCUUUGAGCUGAACACCCAGCAAGGGCCACAGGUGGACAAAGAGCAGUUUGAGAAAAUCCUUGGCUACAUCCAGAUUGGCCAGAAGGAAGGCGCCCGACUGAUGUGUGGGGGAGAGCGCUUUGGAGAGCGAGGCUUCUUCAUCAAGCCCACUGUCUUUGGGGACGUGCAAGACAGCAUGCGGAUUGCCAAGGAAGAAAUCUUCGGACCCGUGCAGCCUGUCUUCAGAUUCAAGAAGAUUGAGGAGGUGAUCAAGAGAGCCAAUAACACAAGAUAUGGAUUAGCAGCUGCAGUGUUUACCAAAGACCUAGACAAGGCCAUGUACGUUACUCAAGCGCUGCAGGCGGGGACAGUGUGGGUCAACACCUACAACAUUGUCACCUGCCACACCCCUUUCGGAGGCUUCAAGGAGUCUGGAAAUGGAAGAGAGCUGGGGGAAGAUGGGCUCAAAGCCUACACAGAAGUGAAGACGGUGACAAUCAAGAUUCCUCAGAAGAAUUCUUAAUAAAAAUCUCAAUCCCCACUUGUCCAGUUCCAGUUUGGGCCAAUUCUGGAACCACCCAGCAGUGGGACUUUUCUUUUCCGUAGCCCUGUGCAGACUGCACUCCCAUGCUAACUUUCAAAAUGACCCCAGGAAGGUCUGCAAACUAUAGAUUAGCAGUCAUUGCAACCUAAAUCUCAGCAGAUCCCCACACUGUCAAGUUCUUUGCUUUAAACAGAAAUAUGCUUGCUGCUUGUAGAUGUAGUUUCUUUUUGUCUUUUACUCAGUGAUUUGUAUCUCAUUUUCCUUUACUACUGGUAGCCCUUUACUUGUCUCUCUUUUUAAAAAAACAGUAAUUGCUACUGACUUUCUGGACUAUGAGUUCAGCCAUCUUUGUAAGUGGAAGUUUAUAAAAUAAACUGAUAGAAUGUGAAACUAA